AUGGUUGCCAAUGACCGCGGAAAGACGUACAUCGAUGUCUCCUCGGUCCUGGUGGCCCUUUCAACAGUGAUUGUAGCUGUUCGGGUCGCUGCACGAUGGGCCAAGUCGACUUUGGGAUGGGAUGACUAUGUCAUUUGUAUCUCAAUUGUGAUCGCGUACAGCAUGCUGGGAGAGGCCGUUUAUUGGGCCCGAGAUGGCGGGCUUGGAAAACAUUUGUCGACCCUAACCAUGGAGGAAAAGAUCAUGUUCCAGAAAUGUUUCUUCGCCAACGAGAUAUCGUACACCCUCCUCGUCCCAUCCAUCAAAAUAUCCAUCCUCCUCCUCUACCGACGCAUCUUUCCGGUUCGCAAAUUCCAAAUCGCCAGCUGGAUUGUCGGGGGUCUUGUAUGCACCUGGUGCCUCGCGGUCUUCAUAACCGUGCUGCUCCAAUGUCGACCGAUCUCGUUGAACUGGGAUAAGUCGCAGCCAGGGACGUGUAUCGAUUCGAAACAGUUUUUCUUCGGCAAUGCUAUCUCCAAUCUGCUCAUUGAUGUCGUGAUUCUGAUGAUGCCCAUCCCGAUGGUCCUGCAGUUGCAGUUACGGACGUCGCAGAAGUUGACUAUAUUGGGUAUUUUUUUACUUGGUGGAUUUGUCUGCGUCGCAAGUAUCAUGCGCGUCGUUACCCUCAAAAUCUUCGAAAGCAACGAUACUUCCUACUCGGUAAUGGAAGCCGCAACAUGGACCUUCGUCGAGCCCUGCGUGGGCAUCAUCUGCGCCUGUCUCCCAACUCUGCGACCGCUAGUUCGCACAUUAUGCUGCGACAUGCAUUGGAGCAGCAAGGACUCGGAGGGAGCACUGGGGCCGAAUUACAGAAUGCGCCGGAUUUCUAGUCAUGCGAAACGGCCUGCGGCGGUGCAAGAUACAUCGUGGAGCCAGGAUCGUUUGCAUGAUGAAUAUCCGUUGACAAAAGCGGAGACGGAGUCAGGAACCGGAGUACGUGUUCGAUCAGAGGUUCGAUCAGAUGGGGCCUCUUAG